AAUGGCACAGGCAGGGAGCCCAGCCAACAGCGAGUUGCAGUAAUCCAGACGGGAGAUGACAAGUGCCUGGAUUAGGACCUGCGCCGCUUCCUGUGUGAGGCAGGGUCGUACUCUGCGGAUGUUGUAGAGCAUGAACCUACAGGAACGGGGAUGCAGAACAGCUGAACAAGGCCACAAUUUGCCGCACAAUAAGGAGUGUGUGUCUGGCUAUCAAAGCAUUAGCAGAUGUCUUCAUCUCCUUCCCUGGCCACAGAAGACUCUGUGACAUCAAAGAGGAGUUCUAUAGGAUUGCAGAUGGUCUGCAAUGCUGACUGUGUGAUCAGCAAUGUUGUGGCAAAAUGGCCUGGCUCAGUCCAUGACUCCAGAAUCUUUCGGGCCUCUGAAAUCUAUCAGUGCCUAUCACAAGGUGAAUUCUCUGGUGUGUUGCUGGGAGACAGGGGGUAUGGCUGCCAGCCUUUUCUCCUGACACCUUUCACAGACCCCCAGGAAGCACAGCAGGCCUACAACCAUGCCCAUGCCAGGACCAGGGCCAGAGUUGAAAUGACCUUUGGCCUCCUGAAGGCACGCUUUCACUGCCUUCACAAAUUAAGGGUCAGUCCUGUUAGGGCAUGUGAUAUUACUGUGGCUUGUGCUGUCCUCCACAAUGUGGCCUGCCUGAGGAAGGAGAGGGCCCCCAGAGUGCCACCAGCCAUGGACUGGGACAAUCCGGCAAUCUUCCCUGAUGACGACAGUGGUCGGCUGCUGAGGGACCAAUAUGUGUUGAAUUAUUUUAGUUAGUAUGUGUGCUUUCAAUUUUGGUUAAAUAUGUCCUGCGGUGGCAGAGGAAUUUGGGUUUUUUGGGUUCGUUUUUUGACGAAUUUGGCCUCUUAUGAUGUUUGUGCGGUAUACUGUGUGUAAUACAAGGCUGCAGGGAGGCUACUGCAUCCAUUCAUUUGUCUGUUCAGUUGAUGUGUAUGGAUUUGUCCUGCAUUUAUUUUAGUGUGCAGACAUGCAGGGUGUGUUAUAUACAGACCUUUGAAUGUGUAUGUAUCAUUUUGUAUAAUAUGCUUGGAUUCUGUGCUUUCCAUCUUGUAGAGUCACUGUGACUUCAGUUUCGAAAGGAGCUGAUGGUUUACCUGCUUUGUUUUGUCCUUAUUCAAUAAAGGAACAUAAUGUUACACAUUGUGUUUUUAUAUUCAUA